GCGGCGGUCCCGGGGAAAGUUCCCGGCAGGACGCGGCGGGCGCAGGUAGCGCUGGACUAUCCCUAUGGCGGAGAAAUUGGAUUCCCGAGAUUCAGAGAGCAGCUGGGUGCUGGCGGGCAGUGAGGGUCUGCCCAUUGACACGGUGGGUCCAGAGCAGGACUCAGCCUCCCACGGGUCUGACGAUGAGGAACCGCAGGAGGAGGAGGAGGAGGAUGAAGGCACCCAGGACACAGUCACAGCUGUGACCGCCAAUGGUGCCACCACCUUCCCCAGCCAGACCUUGUGCCCUGAGGGCAGCGGGCAGGGGUGCCUCUGUCUGCAGGACACAGAGCAAUGUGAGGACUCCAAGGCACAGGCAGAGCCUGCCCUGGAUGGCUCUGCAGAGCCCAGUGUGUUGGAGGGCGAUGAGCAGGAGGAGCUGGAUGCUGAGGCUGAGCCACAACCCCGCCCUGACACCCCCCCAGCAGGGCCAACAACGGAGGACAUGUCCUGCACCAGCAGUGACGAUAACAUGGAGGGGCUGCGGUGGCGGCCGGGCCACAAGCCCCGUCCUGGGCCCGCCACUGUCACACCUGCCCCACAACAGGGGACACCAGACACUGGUGAUGAUGGGCUCAGUACGAGCACGUACCUGCUGGGGGCCUUCGCUGUGGUUGUUGUGGGGCUGCUGAUCAUCACUGGUGGUAUCUACGAUGUGGCAGAUGGCCCUGUGGAGAGUGUGGGGAGCUGGGACUUGGCUGCUGGGGAGCAGGAGUCACUGCUGUCCAUAGACAGCAAUGACUCGCAGCAGCAGCCCCCUCUGCCAGAUGAUGGGGGCCCGCAGAGCAUGCAGUCCAUGAGCCAGCUCCUGGACAAGCUGGCCAAAGAGAACCAGGAGAUCCGGCUCAUGCAGGCAGAGCUACAGGCCCACAAGGAAGAUCUGCAGGCGCUGCUGCACAAGAGCGAGGGCGAGGCGGCGGCGGCCGGGGCGCAGCAGCAGAGCCUGGCCACGGAGAACGCGCGGCUGCGGCUGGCGCUGGAGCGGGAGGUGACCGCGCUGCGCCAGGCCCAGGCUGAGCUGCGGCGCCUGCAGGCCACGGGGGGCCCUGGCAGCCCCAGGGAGCCACGGGCAGAGCAGCCCCGUGCCACGGAGCAGCCCCGUGCCACGGGUGUGCCAGGGCACGGCAAGGCCGCGGCACGGCAGCACGGCAGCCUGGACUCGCUGCGGCAGGAGCUGGCGGACACCCUGGACCGUGUGCGGGGCUCUGGGGAUCUCAAGGGACUCGUGGAGGAGCUGAGCACCCUGGAGCAGCACCUGGCCCAGGUGCUGGAGGCAGACAGGUCGGGGUCCUUCUCCACAGCCUGGAAGAAGCCAUCCAAGGUGGAGAAGGAGAGCAAGUGGCACAAGCAGUAUGGUGCCAGGGGGUCCCCCCACGAGCAGGAGAGGAGAGAGCAGGGCAAACCCCACAAGAAGGAGCCCCGAGCCCCCCGUGAGCACAAGCCAGGCAAAGCCUGGGGGAAGCCGUCUCACAGCCACCCCCGGCACUAUUCCCAUGAGGUGCCCUGGCUCAAGCGGUACCGGGCACCACAGGGCUGUUCUGGGGUGACUGACUGUGCCCACAAGGAGGGCCGGGAAGUGCUUGGGGUUGCCCUGGAGCCGGUGCAGAAGGUGCAGUUCCUGCAGCUGCUGGAGAGCUUCAUGGGGCAGCUGGGCUUGGGCAGACAAUUUGGGAGGCUGGCACCGCGGCUCGAUGGGGCCUUCAGGGCUGACGGUGUCUUUGCCCACGACCGCCUGCGGUUUGUGGAUUUUGUGGAUGAUGUGGAGGAUCUGCUUGAGGACGUGGCGUGGCAGGAGCAGGGUGACAAGAAGGCGGCUGAUGGCUUUGAGGAGUUCAUGCUGCAGCACUAUAGUGGCACCUCCGGGAACAUGUGGAGCCAGAGAGCCCCAAGGCAGCAUGGCACGCGUGGGUAGAGCCAGGGGGGCAGUAGUGUGCCAGCCCCCCCCACAAGGGCUCCCCACCUGCUGUUUAUGGGGGUCUAGGGGUGCCCCACAUCCUGUAGGGCCAAGUAGGGCCACAUCCCUAACCGAAUGCACUGUGUGACGCUGCACUGCCACCAUGAAUAAAGUCACUGC